UGAACUUCCUCUCAUUCUUGGUUUUCCGUGGCUAACUAAGCACAAUCCGCAUAUAGACUGGGCUACUGGCACCAUCCUGGGCUGGAGUAACCAAUGUUAUUCAUCCUGUCUCCUAUCUGCUGAUCUCCCCAAGCCUGUUGACCCCUCCUCAGAGUUCCCUGAUCUGUCUGGCGUUCCCUCUGCUUACAUGGAUUUGAAGGAGGUUUUCAACAAGGCUCGUGCAACUUCACUGCCUCCACACAGACCUUAUGAUUGUGCUAUCGACCUUCUCCCUGGGACCUCCCCCCCCAAGGGCCGCCUCUACUCCCUGUCAGCUCCUGAGAGGGAAGCCAUGAAGCAAUACAUCCAGAGCUCCUUAGCUGCUGGCAUUAUCCGCCCUUCUUCUUCUCCUGCUGGUGCUGGAUUUUUCUUUGUGGAUAAGAAGGACAAGACCCUGCGACCGUGCAUUGACUACAGGGGCCUCAACGACAUCACCAUCAAGAACAGGUACCCCCUCCCUCUUAUGUUUUCUGCCUUUGAACUGUUGCAAGAAGCCACCUUUUUUACUAAGCUCGAUCUCAGAAAUGCUUACCACCUUGUUCGUAUUAGGGAGGGGGAUGAGUGGAAGACUGCCUUCAACACUCCUAAUGGCCAUUAUGAGUAUCUGGUGAUGCCUUUCGGACUCACUAAUGCCCCAGCAGUCUUUCAAUCCCUGGUCAAUGAUGUUCUUCGUGAUAUGCUUAACCGUUUUGUCUUUGUCUACCUGGAUGAUAUUUUGAUUUUUUCUAAGAAUGAGAAUGAGCAUGUCCAGCAUGUCCGGCAGGUUCUUCAGCGGCUGUUGGAGAAUCAGCUUUUCGUCAAGGCGGAGAAAUGUGAGUUUCACCAGCAGUCAGUCUCUUUCCUGGGGUUCAUUGUGUCACCUGGAAGCAUCCAAAUGGAUCCUGCCAAGGUUAGUGCAGUGGUUGAGUGGGCAACACCCUCUGACCGCAAGCAGGUGCAGAGAUUCUUGGGGUUUGCUAACUUCUACCGACGCUUUGUCAGGAACUACAGCUCCAUAGCAGCCCCUUUACAUGCCCUCACUUCUCCUGGUUCUAAGUUUCAGUGGAACACUCAAGCAGAAGAGGCCUUCAAUACCCUGAAGCAACGGUUCACCUCCUCACCCAUCCUCUCCAUGCCGGACCCCAAGCUUCAGUUCAUCGUUGAGGUUGAUGCCUCAGAUGUGGGGGUCGGGGCGGUGCUUUCUCAACGCUCUCUCAAAGACAAUAAGGUUCACCCAUGUGCUUUCUUUUCUAGAAAACUGUCCAAAGCAGAGAGAAAUUAUGAUGUGGGUAACCGGGAGUUGUUGGCUGUAAAGUUGGCCUUGGAGGAGUGGAGACACUGGCUGGAGGGGGCUGAACAGCCAUUCCUAGUAUGGACGGACCAUAAGAACCUGGAAUACAUCAGAACAGCCAGGAGGUUGAACUCUCGUCAAGCCAGGUGGGCCCUGUUUUUUACCCGUUUCAACUUCACCCUGUCUUAUCGCCCCGGCUCCAGGAACACCAAACCUGAUGCCCUCUCCCGCCAGUUCGAACCUGAUGACCUUCCUAGGUCUCCCUCUACCAUUCUGCCUGCUGCCUGUGUGAUUGGAGCUGUGACUUGGGACAUUGAGAGUGAGGUGAGGCAAGCACUGGAGGGGGCUAAAAUUCCGGAGGGAUGUCCUCAGAACCUCCUCUUUGUCCCUAUCCCGCUUCGUCCACGGGUGCUGCAAUGGGCUCAUGCCUCCAGGCUGAGCUGCCAUCCAGGGGUGAGUCGGACGGUCAGUCUGCUUAAGCAGCGAUUUUGGUGGCCUUCCUUAGUGGAGGAUGUGGGGGAAUUUGUCUCUGCCUGUUCUGUUUGUGCCCAGAAUAAGACCUCACGACAACGACCGCAUGGGCUGCUCCGCCCUCUCCCAGUACCCCGACGACCCUGGUCCCACAUAUCGUUGGACUUUGUCACGGGCUUGCCCCCCUCCGAAGGUAACACCGUCAUACUCACCAUUAUCGAUCGCUUUUCCAAAAUGGCACACUUUGUUCCCUUGGCCAAACUCCCCUCUGCUAAGGAGACGGCACAGGUCAUGUUGUCUCAUGUGUUUCGUCUGCAUGGCUUGCCACAAGAUGUUGUUUCAGAUAGAGGGCCUCAGUUUGCCUCCCGGUUCUGGAAGGAGUUCUGCCGACUGAUUGGUGCCACAGCCAGCCUCUCCUCUGGUUUUCAUCCACAAUCUAAUGGCCAGACAGAACGUUACAAUCAGGAACUCGAAACAGCUCUCAGAUGCUUAGUCUCCCAUAAUCCAUCCCUGUGGAGUGAACAGUUGGUAUGGAUUGAGUAUGCUCAUAACGCACUUCCUGUUUCUGCCACUGGUCUGUCCCCCUUUCACUGUGUUUAUGGGUACCAGCCACCUCUGUUUCCAGACCAAGAGGGUGAGGUUGCCGUCCCAUCUGCUCAGGCCCUGGUCCGUCGUUGUCACCUUGCAUGGAAGAGGGCUCGGGCAGCUCUUCUUCGGGCCUCAGGACGCUACAAGAAGGAGGCUGACAAACGGCGUACUCCGGCUCCUCGUUACCGUGUGGGACAGAGGGUUUGGCUCUCCACUCAAGACCUGCCUCUCCGUGUGGAAAGUCGCAAGUUGGCUCCCAGGUUUGUUGGCCCCUUCCCCAUCUCCAAGAUCAUUAAUCCUGUGGCUGUGCAAUUAUGUCUUCCCAGAACCAUGAAAGUGCAUCCCACCUUUCAUGUCUCCAAAAUCAAACCUGUGAAAACCAGUCCCUUGGUCCCCGCCUCCAAACCCCCUCCGCCCGCCCGGGUCAUCGAUGGAGGGCCUGCUUUUACUGUGAAGCGCCUGCUGGCUGUCCGCCGCAGGGGUAGAGGUUGCCAAUACCUGGCUGAUUGGGAGGGAUAUGGUCCUGAAGAGAGGUCCUGGGUCCCGUCUAGGGACAUCCUGGAUAAGUCCCUCAUAAGGGAUUUUCACAAGCGUCAUGCAGACCAGCCUGGGACGUCUGGAGCCGUCCCUUAA